GCAUAUUACCGGCCAGGUGGAGAUGGCAAGUUUGAAGCAGAAAAUAUUAAUCCACACUUGUGUACACAUAUCAACUACGGUUUUGCCAAGCUUGAUGCAUCUAAUCGAAUCGCUCCCUACGACGACGGAUUAGACCUUGGCGAUGAGAGUUGGCAGAGUGGUCUUACUUGGGGACAUGGAAUGAUUCGUCGCAUGACCGAGCUGAGGAAGUACAACCCUAACCUUGCCACUUUGAUUUCAAUUGGCGGCUGGAACGAAGGAUCCAACAAGUACUCUGCUAUGGUUUCUAACGCAGGCUCAAGAGCCACUUUUGUAGCAAGUGUUGUGGAAUUUCUGAAAAAGUACGAACUUGAUGGCUUGGACCUUGAUUGGGAGUACCCCGCAAUGAAAGCAGUCAAUGAUCAAGACCGAACUCCUGGCCGUGAUGCAGACAAGGCCGAUUACAUUUCGCUACUUCGAGAACUUCGGGCUGCGUUUGAGCCUUACGGAUUUAUCUUGUCGGCUGCUGUCUCAGCCGGCAAACCUACAAUCGACCGGGCUUACGACGUUCCGCAAGUAUCCAAGUAUCUGGACAUCAUCAACUUGAUGUGCUAUGAUUACCACGGCGGCUGGGACACGCACGCUGCUCACAACGCCCCGCUCUACCCUCUUCCCGGCUCCACUGGAAUUGAGCACUCUUUUACUGUGUCAUUUUCAGUUGACUACUGGAUCAAGCUUGGCGCGGACCCAAAGAAGAUUGUUCUUGGCAUUCCUCUUUACGGCCGAACCUUCACUCUGAAAGGAUCGGAAACUGGAAUCGGUGCCCCAGUAACUGGAAAGGGAGGCUCUCCUGGCCCAAUUACCCGAAUCAUUGGCAUGCUGGGAUACAAUGAAAUUUGCGCCAUGGUCAAGGGUGGCUGGAGUGUGCACUGGAAUGACACCCAGAAGGUUCCCUACGCUACCAGUGCCUCGCAGUGGAUUGGCUACGACAAUGAAAAGUCAAUCAAGUACAAACUUGACUUUCUUCUCGAGCGAAAACUGGGCGGUGGCAUGAUCUGGUCUAUUGACACUGACGACUUCUCUGGCCACUGUGGCGUCAAGUACCCGCUGCUGAAGGAGAUCAGUCGCGUACUGAACAAAGUUGACGGCCCCGACGUGACCAUUCCGCGAACGCACGCCACCACUCCUCACCCCGGCGGCCAAACUGACCCCCCGAUCACCGACGGUCCUCACACCGACGGCCCGCACACUCACGCGCCCAAGACUGACGCCCCGGUGACUGACAAGCCAGACCACAGUGGCAAGUUCCACUGCAAGUCGGCCGGCUUCUUCCCCGACCCGAAGGAUCCGCGCAAGUUCCACCAGUGUGUCAACUUUUCUGGCAAGCUUAAGGACUACGAGUUCAACUGUCCAGAGGGCUCAAA